AUAAACCCGAAGGAUUUAUUACAUCGGAUGAAAUUAGAUCUAUUCAAGCUUUAAAUGCCACGAAAGAAUUAUAUGACUUAGGUAAAAAAGAAGAGCGAAAUAAUCCAAUAUUAAAACAAGAUAAUGAAACGAUAAUAAGAAGCAAUCCUUUUAAUAAAUUAAUAAUUGACCUUGAUAAUGAUCAAAUUUGGACGGAAAUUAAUUUACAAAAUAAACCAUUUUUAAAUUAUGUUACUUCACAAUUAAUAGAUGAUGAAUUAUCACAAAUGGAUAUUGAUGAACAUAAUUUAGAUGUUGAUGAACGUAAGAAUGAUGAUGAAAGUGAUGAUGAAGAAAUAAAGGAAAAUUCUAAUGAAACAGAUGAUGAGAAAGAGAGACAUCCUGAAUUAGAUGAUAAAUUUUUUGAUUUGUCAGAAUUUAACAAAACAACUGAAGAAAAUGAAAAUUUUGAAGAUUUCGAUGAUGAAAUUGAUUAUUUUGCAGAUAUAAAAUAUAGUGAGUUUUUUGAUCCACCCAAGAAGAAAGAAAAAUUUAGGAAGAAAUCAUCAUCAAAGUUAGAUGAGCAAUCGAAUAAAAAGAAAGGGGUUGUUGAUCUACUUGAAGAGUCGGAAAAUGACGAUGAUUUUCUUAAUAAUAAAGUUCGAAAUUUAUUUGCUCGAGACGACAACGAUGAUGAUGACGAGCAAAAAUCUUCUUUCCAAAAACGUCAAGAAAGAAUCAAACAUCAAAUUGAACAAUUUGAAACGGAGAAUGUAGCUGAAAAAGAUUGGACUCUUGUAGGAGAGGCGUCAAGUAAAGAUAGGCCUAUAAAUAGCUUGUUGGAAGAAAAUUUGGAAUUUGAUCACAUUGUAAAGCCCGUUCCUGUAAUAACCGAGCAAUUUACGGAAAAACUUGAGGAUAUAAUAAAACGAAGGAUUUUAGAUGAAACAUUUGACGACGUUGAACGCAAACGUGAUCCUAAUUUUAGACCAUUUUUACCUUCGAAAUUAAUUGAAAUAUCAGAUGAGAAAUCAAAGAAAUCUUUAGCUGAAAUAUAUGAAGAAGAUUAUGUUAACCAAACUAAUGCUUUGAGUAAUUUCCAUUAUACUCCAAAACCACCCAAACCGGAAAUUACUAUUAUUUCUGAUUUACCUGCAAUUUCUAUGGAAGAAGUAAUCCCUGUUAAUGUUAGCGAUGCUAAAUUGUUAGCACCUGAAGAAGUUUAUGAUAAAAAGAAAGGAGAAAUUAAGGGCGAAACUGAAAAGGAUUCAAACGAGAAGAAACGAGCUCAUGUUGCGAAGAAACGCGCUAAGAAGAAAGAGAAGUUAUUAAAAGAACGCGAAAAGAAAGUCAUCGAAAAGUAG